UGCCGUGGACAAAAGUUGAGGCACAGGAAAAUGGCACCAUCAGGGUCUUAGGACCUAUGGCCAACAUGCUAGAGAUCUUGGCUGAAAGGAUGAACUUUGACUAUGAGCUCGUCCAGCCCUCUGACCACAUCUGGGGAGGUCCUCAGCCUGACGGAUCCUGGACUGGCUUGUUGGGGAUGCUACAGAGAAAGGACGUGGAAUUUGCUGUGGGGCCCUUCGGUGUGACGCCUCAGCGGGAGACGGUGUGUGACUUCUCCCAUCCCUUCUUCAGCGAGAACAACGCCAUUCUCAUGAUCCGACCCACCCUGCAGAGCGACAUGUCAGGCUUCCUCAAACCCUUCGCUAUGGAGGUGUGGAUGUUGACGAUAGUGAGCCUGGUGACCGUGGUGUUGGCAAUAGCGCUGGUAGUGAAAGCUGAGGCCAAUGUCUUCAACUUACUCUCGCGCGACACCUUCGCGCAGGCCGCUAUGUGGGGAGUUAAAACACUCACGCAGGAGAGCUCUGAUUGGAUGCCCAAGAAGGACGGAGGUCGCCUCAUUGUGACCACGUGGCUCCUUGCCUCCUUAGUGUUCAUGUCCUCGUACGGUGGCAUCCUGACGGCCAUGUUGACGGUGCCUCGGGUCACCAUCCCCAUAGACUCCCUGGCUGAUCUAGUGUCUCAGUCUGACCUGCCCUGGCGCCUGGAGGCUGGUUCUAUGAUGUUUCAAUACUUCCAGGAGUCUGAGGACAAGGUACGAAGGAAAGUAUUCACUGAUACUGCCGGAACCUUCCCUGACUGUUGGGCGUCGCGAGAAGACAUCGCCAGUGGGGAGUUUGCUGCCAUAUGUGAUAGGACCACCAUGAAGAAGGCCAUGUCCUGGGACUUUAGCACCAGCGGCCAGUGUCACCUGUACAUCUCCCGAGAGAAUGUCUAUAGUAAUGUGCUGAUCUCCAUGGCCUUUAAGAUCAACUCCACCUACCGCCCCAGAGCCAACAAAAUCAUCCGUGCCGUGAAGGAGUCUGGCAUCCUAGACAAGUGGCUGGCGGCAGAGAUUACCAACACCACUCAGUGCCUCCGUCCGCCCACUUCUGACCGCAGGGAGGGUAUCGCUCCCCUCAACACUGAAGCCAUGUCAGGACCUUUCAUGGUGUUGGCGGCAGGACUGAUAGUGAGCGUGUUGACCUUCAUAACAGAGUUAGGUAUCUGCUACAUGCACGGUGGCAGUGACAACAGCGCCUCACUUACUACCCAGAGAACCUCGGUGAUAUAGUCGUUCUCUACGCCAAUCAAGAUGUCAAGAAACAUCAAGCAGUUUUCGGGUCAAAUGGACGCAGUCCCAAUAGGUCCUAGUCCUAACCUUACCUAACCUAACCUAACCUAACCUCUAGAGAGUUUUAUCUCUCUCGUAAUCGUGGAAUUACUAAUCUUAUUACGCACCUAAAGACCAUAUUUGUUGAAGCACAGAAAUAACAUUAUAACAAAAAAAUAACCUAACCUAAGGUAGCAUAACCUAAAUUAUCCCACUUUAAAGUAAACUAUCCUAUGCCACACUCGCCACCAAAGUUAGAGUAUCCAGAUAUAUAAUACAUGAAAAUAAAUACGUUUAUAUAAAAAGACGCAGAAAUUACAAAGAAAACUUCAUUGUUUUAUGUGUAGGAAGUGGCUAUUCAGCUAGGUCGGACUGUAAAGUCACCUACUGUUUUUUGUAUAGCAGGGUGGUUUAUUGUUAGGUAUAUCAACGAUAUACCUAAUAUAACCUUAACCAAACCAAAGCUAACCUGUUCUAGCCUCUAUCAAUUAAUAUUAUAUAAAUAUGGGCUGAGGACAUAUAUUCAUUAUAUACAUUCUAUCACUCAGACUAUCGAGCAUGCAGCUACAUUAGCAGAUGUUCUGCCCCCCCCCC